AAGUCCUUCCUGUCGUCCGCCGGUGUCCUCUACAACCACCAUGCCUGAGCUCAGCAAAGAGUCCAAGCAGCGUCUGCAGAAGGUGUUCAAAUGCGGCCAGUUCACAAUCCGGUGGGGCUUCGUCCCCCUCAUCCUCUACCUAGGAUUUAAAAGGGGAGCUGACCCUGGAAUGCCUGAACCCACAAUACUAAGCCUUCUCUGGGGAUGAAGAGUUCAGAAAUACACCUUUUAGGUCCAGACACUGAAAAUCUUCAUCACCGCUGGCUUGGAAGAGAGGAAUACUGGUGCCACAGUUCACAAACCUAAAGCAGCUUGGAUUUGUUUCACCUGGACUUACUACUACCAUACCAUUUGAUCCAUCAAUGCCGCAGCAGGACCGACAGAAUUGUGAAGGCCGUUUUCUUAAUACAAACAUUGCUUUUUUUUAUGUGUUGUUCUAUAUUUGUACACAGAUGUUUAGCCUAUGUACAUUCCCUUCCAACAGAAUCAUUCAGUAGUAAAUGUACAUUAUUUAUCUGUCUGUGUUUUUUUUUAUUAAAUGCACAAAGAGCCUAACAUAUCCUGUAUGUAUUGGUAACUGGAGAAAAAUGAAGAUUGCAUCAAUAAAGAUUUAUGAGAAAA